UAAAACUUUCAAACAAUUUUUGGUAUAACUUGGAUUUGUCUAUGUGAAACGACAUCUUAAUUAAACAUUAAACUUUGGCUAAUGGAAUCAAUGGUAACACAAAUGUUAACUUGCUUUACUAUGCUUACAAUACGUCUACUCGCUAUAGUAUCCAAAAGCAUCUAUUACACAGGGCGAGAUUAGUAGCCGAUCGCCGGCGAGAAGCGAAUGAGCGAGUAGAACAAGCUCAGCGAGCGCAAAUUACACAGCGCUAGUAAAAUCGCUUUACUCGCAUCGUAUUGAACCUUUGAAAAGUGUUUAGUUUGUAUCUUUUGUGCGAUAAUAGAAUCUAAAAUGGCUGUUAAAUGGAACAGUAAUCAAAUUAUACAGUUCUUAAAAGUCUAUGAACAAUUUCCCGUUUUAUGGAAUAUAAAACACAAAGAUUACGCGUUAAUAUCAAACUCAAAGAUGUUUUAUUCAAGAAAAUGUGGGAGCAAUUAGAGGAUAAAGGGCUUUCAAAAGGAAUGGACGAAAAGCAACUAAAAAACAAAAUAAAAAAUUUAUAAGAUGUGUUUCGUCAAGAACUGGCCAAGAUAGAACGAAGCAAAAAAAGUGGCUGUGGAACAGAGGAUAUUUAUACCCCAAAGCUAACAUGGUUUGAAGCUGCCCAUUUUUUCGCUGAAGUUUUGUCAACAAGGCGUAGUAAUUCAAACUUGACUCUACCCAGCACACAAAAUAUAUCUGAGGAAAUCUCAAAUUCUCAAAUUGAACAGCGUGACGAUGAAGAACCCGAUACACAGCCCAAGGAACAAAAUAUAAAACCCUCAGAGGGGAUGGGACCCCCUAAAUCGAAAAAAAGGGUGAGAAAACAGGCAGAUCCAGAAAUUGGCGAUGCAAUCAGUCAGUUGAAUAAAAUAGCUGAAAAUGUAUCAGAAGGAAAACCGUACGACGAAUUUGGAAAGUAUGUAGCUGCAGAGCUGCGUCAAUUACCCCAACGUGAGGCUAUUUUAUUGCAGCAAGAAAUUCAGAAUUCUAUUACACGUGUAAAGCUAAUGUGUUUGGGAAAUGAUAAUCAACUAAAUAAUUACUACAGAGAGCCCCUUCAAGAGCAAACUUUUUCACUGUUAUCCUCCCCCAGUGAUCCCAGCCCUGCCUCAUCAGCAACAUAUGAAGCAAAUGUGCAAAAUGACAAAGACAGCGUUUAUGGUAACGAUGUUAUUCAUCAAGCACUAUUAAAUACAUUUUCGGGGGCAGAGUUUGAAAUAGUAGAAGAAGUUUCUCAAUGAAAUAGAUUCUAUUUUUCAUAUAAUUAUAAAAAUAUUUUGUUUUAUAAGUAUAAGUACUGUGUUAAAAAUAAAUUGAUACUUAAAUUAAACCUACCUUUAUAUAUGGCUUUAGGACCUGACAAAUUGCUGCAAGUACUUCGGGUACAAACAAUGAAAUUGUACAUUCAGGCACUCAAAAUAAAUAUUCUAGUGAUUUGAACGAAUCACCAGUUGCCAAAAAGCGUAGGGUUAUUUCUAGUUUUGUAGCAGUUGGGAUCGCCAUCCUCAUUUUUGUGUCUUUUUUGCGGAUUGUUUCGUCAACCAUUUGUAAUAGUACAUUAAACUGUUCAUUGCUCAUUCUCAAAACAUUCCUAUAUGCCACAGGAUCUUCAUCCUUUAAUUGUCUUAAUAAAAUAUUAGAAGCCCCAUGUGUGUCCCGUUUUGAAAUCCAAUUCCUGACCCACAUCCGUCUCGCUUUCCUUUUUUUCUGGUUUAACCGUUCUUGAAGUUUUUUCCGAAUUAAAAGGCUGACAAAAACAAUUCCUACACGCACUAUAUCGGCCAUUUUAUCCAACUUUAGCUUAUUACACAUAGCGUUUUCACUCGUCAGAGUGAAAAAUUGCGAGCGAGUAGCGAGAAAAGUAGGCCGGUGUUCAACUUUACUCGCUGGGAAAAAGCGAGCCGCGAGUUUACUAGCAGCUGC